GUUGAACCCUGCCCUGAUUAAUAAAGAGACUAAGCUGAAAAGAAAAUAAAUGAGUGAAUAUUAAAGUGACAAAUCAAUACUUGUUAGUGGUUAAAUGUAUAAUAGAUGUUAAUUCUUUGGGUUAUUUAUAAACCCACAUUACUCCCAUCAAAGUAGCUUAAAUAUCAAACAGAUACAAGUCUAGAAUUUGACAGAAGCAGAAUUAUGGAAAACAAAUCAUUUUUGAUCACAAAACAAACAUUAAAGCAGCUUUAAUUUAUAAUCAACAUAGUUAAUAAAGCAGCAUGGACUUUAUUAUAAUGCUGGGUUCACAUCAAACACAAAGCACAUUUCAUACAGUGAACAGGCCUACCAUUAAACAUUAUAAACCUUCACUAUUAAAACAGAAACAUUCAUUAUAAACCACAAAGCCACUUUCAGACCACAAAACCUUUCUCUGUUGCUGAGUGAAUGACUUGCAGGCAGCCAAUCAGUAUUCGCGACGCCACUCAUAGCAGCCAAUCAGCAUUCGCUGAGCCACACACAGGCUAAUAUCCCGCCUCGGCGCUCAGUGUAUGAAGUGGAUGGAGUAUGAGUCGGAUCGCUGAUGAAUGCUAAACUUUGCCGUUUGCUGUAUAAUUAUUCUUCUAUUACGGGUGUUGUGCGUCUUUUCAAAAAGAACGAGAUUAGAAGCGGAGAUGAUGAACUAGUUAAGGUUGGAAAUACCUUGCUAAGUUUUUUUUUUUUAUGAAAAGAAGAGACAAGAUUGUUUUUCGCCUGCACUCAGUGUCGAAAGGAAUCGAUUGGGAUGCAAAGUAGCCGUAAGAUUUACAAGAUGGUCCGCACUGGAGAGAAACCAAUCACAUGUACCCAGUGUGGGAAGAGUUUCUCACAAUCAUCAAACCUUAAUAGACAUAUGAUGAUCCACACUGGAGAGAAACCACACACAUGUACACAGUGUGGAAAGAGUUUCACACAGUCAUCAUCGCUUAAUAAACACAUGAUGAUCCACACUGGAGAGAGACCAUUUAUAUGCACUCAGUGUGGUAAGAGUUUCACACGAUCCUCAAACCUUAUUGAACACAUGUUGAUUCACACUGGAGAGAAACCUUUCACAUGCACCCAGUGUGGAAGGAACUUCAGACAAGCAGCACACCUUAAUCAACACAUCGUGAUCCACACUGGAGAGAAGCCACACAGAUGUGAUCAAUGUGGUAAAACAUUUGCAAGGCGUUCAUUUCUGAAGUUUCAUCUAAGAGUUCACACAAAUGAGAGACCGUAUUCAUGUUCUGUGUGUGGAAAGAGCUGUACACGGCAGUCGAGUUUAAGAAAACAUCAGAAGAUCCACACUGGUGUGAGAGAGCAUGUCUGCUUUGAGUGUGAGAAGACUUUCGUUACAGCUGAUGAUUUGAAACGGCACCAAAGGAUUCACACUGGAGAGAAACCGUACAUGUGUUCACACUGCGACAAGAGAUUCAGUCAGAGUGGAAGCCUGAAAGCACAUGAGAGGACUCACUCUGUAAUCUGCUAGCCUGACUUGUAUGUUUUGUUCCUUUAAUCAUUCCUCAUGAUAACCAGUUGUUUUCUAGAGAGUCUUUAAAUAGUCUUUAAAAAGGGCUUCGCAUCAGGCAGUGUGCUUCUUCACAAAGUCCUCCUGUAGCUUUAAAGGACUCCUAUCACGCCAAAUCAACUUUCGGGAGCUGUUUGGACAGAACUGGAGUGAUUUAAAGCUCUUGCACUUCUGUGAUGCACCAUUAAUGUGGAAAGGAUUUUGGAGCACAACGUGCUGCUUUUUUUGCCAGGGGCACCAUGCAUAUUCCAACAAGACACUGCAAAACCACAUUCUGCACACAUUACAAAGUCCUGGAUGAGGAGGAAGAUGAUACAGGUACUUGACUGGCCUGCCUGCAGUCCUGACCUGCCUCCAAUAGAGAAUGUGUGCCGCAUUUUGAAGUGCAAAUCGCAACAAUGAUGACCUUGUAUUGUUUCUCACCUUAAGACUUGUUUGCAGGUAGAAUGGGACAAAACUACACCUGAAACUCUUCAUCACUUGCUGUCUUCAGUCCCUAAUCGUCUUUUAAGUGUUGUGAAAAGGAAUGGCCACAUUACAACGUGGUAUGAUGCAUUUCAUUCAUGGAUGUCCACUCCAGGAUUGAGUAACACAAGUCCUUUCUUAUGUCUUUACUACUGUAUAUACACAGAUUUGGCUGACUAGUUGAUAAUGAUUAAAGCUUUUGCCACAGAAGUAUCUGAAAAUCCCCCUGUUUACUCGUUCACUGUAAACAAUAUACUGAUUUUACAAGUAAGGCACAGAAAGUGAGGGCUUUAUCAUGAAUAUUGAUGCCGUUCUCACUCUUGAUAAAGACCGGCCUCUAGUGGGUCAUCAGUGUGACUGUGUGAAUGAAGAGACCCAGAACAUGAGCUUCUGUGUUUGUCUUUAUUUACAGUUUCAUUUUAGUCCACAAUAUAAAUAAUGAUGGUCAAAGCCUCACAGUGAUCUGAACAUUUACAUUACUCUCUACCAAGUUUCUUCAGAUUUGAGCCCCUGCCUUGUUUCUUCCUCAAGAGAAAUUAUUAUUAUUGUUUACUACUAAUAGUAAUAAAAUAAUUGAUG